AUGAGCAGUAAGAUUCCCCGGACUACAUCCCAUCAGGCCAAGUCUGAGUUUACCCCGCUCGAAAGGCGCCUCGCGUUGAGCAUUGUCGGGAUGCUCCGGUUGGCGAGGAACGGUGUGCGUCGGCAGGCUCGUUCCCCAUCUCCCGAGAAGUGCGGGCCGUUCUGGUUUGGAUUUGGGAAAAUGGCUGCCACCGUUGUGCAGCUCUUUCUUGAUACCAAAUCAGCCAAGCAGAACGCCCAACGUGGUAGAAUGGAACAUCAUGCCUACAUUCGGGGCUGCAUCGGUGGGCACAUCCUGGCUGGGAGGUUCGCCUUGAACAGUAGCGUGAUUAUCACCCAUGCUUCACUGGCAAAAAUAUCGUUCGGCAGUAUGUGCACUCAAACUUUGCCUAUACAGUAUGGUAGUCAGAGCCGUUUGAACAAAGCUCUGGCGCAAAUUGUUGGAGACGGCAACUUUGCAAUCCAUGGGUAUGUUGAUAACCAAUGGUACUUCCAGACCUCGAGGUUAUUGAGUUCCGUGAGUUAA